CAGGCCGGAAAAGUACACCGGAACUGGGCCAUGUUCGUGUGGAAGUCCGCCAUGGAAAGCACACGAAGGAACAACCUCUUUCUGCACCAAGAGAGCGGAGGUCUGGGCCUCGUUAACAUCGUGCUCAAGCUGCACGUGCAGCGUUUUCUGCUUUUCCGGGAUGCAAAGGACCCGACCUUCAUCGCCGUGCUGCACCACCUUGGAUUCCCACAUCUCGGGAAUUGGAUGGUGAGCACGAGUGGCCGCACGACCAAGGGAGCCGCCCUGAGGUUCUACAAGGAAAUCGCCAGCUCCAUCGAGUUUCUGCAGGCCCAAUUCUCCUGGGAAUACCUGGCGACCGUCGGAAAGAGGCGGCUGUACUGGGAUGCCGUUUCCGCAUCCUUCCCGCCACCGCUCUACAGACAACCACCGACGCCCGACGACGCGACGCGACUUUACAAACUCGUGCGAAUCCUUCCCAUCCCUGUGGCGACAAGGGACUUCUUCGUCCGGAUGCACAUGGAGGUCCUUCCAGUUAAAACCUGGCUCCAUCAAAAGGGGUUCUUCGUGCCGUGGUCCCUAAACUGCGACCUUUGCGGGGCGCCCGAGACCAUCCAGCACGUCCUAGUCGAGUGUAGCAAUGCCUACCUCUUCUGGGACGAGAUGAGGACGACGUUUGAGCUCAGGGACUCCUUCGAAGUGGAGUGGAGCGUCUUCAAGUAUCUGCAACUCGAGGAGAGGGAUAAGACGGAGGUGGCGCACGUGAUGAUGCUGCUGGGCCUGCACGCCAUCUGGCAGUCGCGUACCGCAAUGGUGCAAUGCCAUCUCGACGCGCGUCCAACCUGGAGCUACUUCGUGUCCACGUUGGGGUGGGUGCUAUCGGUGACGUCGCGGCAGCCGAACGCGGGUGAUUGGGAGUGCAUCGAGCGACAACUCGAGGAAGGUCGUCGCCGCUGCGUGCAACGACGUACGUCAGGCGUGGGAAACUGGCGAGUUCCUGUGAACUGUAGGCGCGUUGGCGUUGGCUGAGGUGUGCGGUGCGCGAAAGUGGACCGUGGCUCUUCCCCCCCUUGGAACUUCGCGUCCUUUUUUGUUCGAUUUAUUGAUUUUUUUUUUUCGUACAGAUUGCAUAAUUGCUCACGCGGUCUCAUACUGUAUCGUUUGCGUUUCCUCUCAAUCGUUUCCGCCAAGUCUGGUCAGGUUUGUGUGACAGCUACUUACCGCACGGCGAUAGUGUAUCUUUCUUUUUUUUUUUCUCUCUUUUCA